GGGGCGCGGGGGGCGGCCGUGCCCCGGCUCGGCGCAUGGGGCUCGGCGCUCCCCGCGGCACGCUCGCCGGCCGGGGCUGCUCCAAUAUGUGCUGGGACCUCUGGAGCUGUCAGCGGGCAGACAAGGACACGGGCAGCGGAUUUUCGUGGCUGUACUAAUGAAAGGGUUCAAGCUCGCCUGUACCGCCAGUAACUCCAACCGCAGCACGCCCGCCUGCUCGCCGAUCCUGCGCAAACGCUCGCGCUCGCCCACGCCGCAGGACGCCCCGGGGGACGCCAUGGUGGAGAAGGGCUCCGACCACUCCUCGGACAAGUCGCCGUCCACGCCGGAGCAGGGCGUCCAGCGGAGCUGCUCCUCCCAGUCCGGCCGCAGCGGGGCCAAGAACUCCAAGAAAAGCCAGAGUUGGUAUAAUGUGCUGAGCCCCACGUACAAGCAGCGGAACGAGGAUUUCAGGAAACUCUUCAAGCAGCUCCCGGACACGGAGCGCCUCAUCGUAGAUUACUCAUGUGCCCUCCAGCGAGACAUUCUCCUGCAGGGCCGCCUCUACCUCUCCGAGAACUGGAUCUGCUUCUACAGCAACAUCUUCCGCUGGGAGACACUGCUGACAGUUCGCUUGAAGGACAUCUGCUCCAUGACCAAGGAGAAGACAGCACGGCUCAUUCCCAAUGCCAUCCAAGUUUGCACUGACACUGAAAAGCACUUUUUUACUUCCUUUGGGGCUCGAGACAGGACGUACAUGAUGAUGUUCAGACUCUGGCAGAAUGCUCUGCUUGACAAGCCCCUGUGCCCCAAGGAGCUCUGGCACUUCGUGCACCAGUGCUACGGCAACGAGCUGGGGCUGACCAGCGACGACGAGGACUACGUGCCCCCCGACGACGACUUCAACACCAUGGGCUACUGCGAAGAAAUCCCCGUGGAGGAGAAUGAAGUCAACGACAGCUCCUCCAAGAGCAGCAUGGAGGCCAAGCCAGAAGCCAGCCCUCAGCUGCCAAAGAAAUCUGUCACUGCCAGCACCCUGACCUCCACGGGCAGCAGUGAAGCCCCAGCCUCGUUCGAUGGAGUGCUCCCAGAAGAGGAGGAGGCAGUGGCAGAGAGUCCUGUGGAGAAAGACCUUGGCAUUGCCAACAUCAUGGGAGAGAAGAUCGACAUCAUUGGCCCUGUGAACUCCCCCUCCCUGGACUUCAAUGACAACGAAGACAUUCCCACAGAGCUCAGUGACUCCUCAGACACCCACGAUGAAGGGGAAGUCCAAGCCUUUUACGAGGACCUGAACGGCCGCCAGUACGUGAACGAGGUGUUCAACUUCAGCGUGGACAAGCUCUACGACCUGCUCUUCACUGACUCCCAGUUCCAGAGGGACUUCAUGGAGCAGCGCCGCUUCUCUGAUAUUAUCUUUCACCCCUGGAAGAAGGAGGAAAACGGCAAUCAGACCAGAGUGAUCCUGUACACCAUCACCCUCACCAACCCUCUGGCCCCCAAAACUGCCACCGUCACUGAGACUCAGACAAUGUACAAAGCCAGCCAGGAGAGCGAGUGCUAUGUCAUAGAUGCAGAGGUGCUAACUCACGACGUCCCCUACCACGAUUAUUUCUACACCAUUAACCGCUACACGUUGACUCGUGUCGCCAGAAACAAAAGCCGACUCAGGGUUUCCACAGAAUUGCGCUACAGGAAACAGCCUUGGGGGCUGGUGAAAUCCUUCAUUGAGAAGAAUUUUUGGAGUGGCCUGGAAGAUUAUUUCCGUCACUUGGAGAGCGAGCUGACCAAAACAGAGAGCACGUACCUGGCUGAGGUGCACAGACAAUCCCCCAAAGAGAAGGUGAGCAAGCAAUCCACGGUGCGGCGGCGGAAACGCGCCCACGCCCACCUGAGGGUGCCACACCUGGAGGAGGUGCUCAGCCCCGUGACCACCCCCACGGACGAGGAGGUUGCCCAUCGAAUCAAGCACGUGGCAGGUUCCACUCAGACACGGCACAUCCCCGAGGAGAGCCCCAGUGGCUUCCACCUGCAGAGUGUCUCCAAGCUGCUCCUUGUCAUCAGCUUUGUGAUCUGUUUCAGUCUGGUGCUGCUGGUCAUUCUCAACAUGAUGCUGUUCUACAAGCUCUGGAUGUUGGAGUACACCACGCAGACGCUGACGGCGUGGCAGGGCCUGAGGCUGCAGGAGAGGUUACCCCAGUCUCAGACAGAGUGGGCCCAGUUGCUGGAGUCCCAGCAGAAGUACCACGACUCAGAGCUGCAGAAGUGGCGCGAGAUCAUCAAAUCCUCCGUGAUGCUCCUGGACCAGAUGAAGGAUUCUCUAAUAAAUCUCCAGAAUGGCAUCGGGUCCCGGGACUUCGGGUCAGAUCCAGAGGAGAAAAGGAAACGUUUCCAUUAACAGGCAGGAAUGCAGGAGGCCAGAGGACGGUGUGCAAUAUGUGUAAAUAGGAUAUAUAAAUAUAUAUAUAAAUAUAUAUAUAUAUAUAUAUAUACAGAUAUAAAUAUAUAUAUUAUAUACAGA